CGCAUCCCUCGCUACAGCAUACAUAGAAGUCACAUGUUUAUAUAGGCCACAAUGCCCGCCGUGAUAUCGCACCGCCCCCGUGCCCGACCGUGAUCGCUGCAAUGUCGUCGUCCUGGCGCGUGCUGGAGCUGUCCGAGCAGCCAGACGGCGAGCCCAUCCCCCAGCUGCUCGUCAAGCCAGCCUUCAAGGCGCACUCGUACUGCGUCUUCCUCACGUGCUUGACCAACAUCUGGUGUGAGGAGCUGGACCUGGCCGGCAUCGUAGACCGUGCUGUCGAGCAGCAGUCGCCCAUCGAGGUCAGCACGCAGGACACUGCGCAGCUUGCCAUCCUGCUUGAGACCGUCGAGCAGUCGUUGAGCGGCUCAGACACAGCCGAAUGCCGCAUCACUCGUGAAGGGAUCGAUGGCAUCACACUGCACACCACGGUUCGCCUGCCCGAGCCACUCGACUCCUUGACCUGGAAGUUCCAUCUACGGAAGCGCAGCCCGGUUACAUUGAAGAACGAGCUCAUUCUCCCCCUGCUUGUUUCCUCGCAUAUCCAAUACGAGCGCAUCAACGACCUGAUCACGACCAUCGAAAACAAAGACAGCGCAAUCACUCGCCUCGUCGACUCCUUCGAAUCAAACAAUCUAGACCUUGCUGCAGCUUUUCCAAGCAUAGGAGGCUUGAAAACAGGCCGCAAGCUGAUCAAACGUGAGCAAGCAGCCAGGCACCUACCCGCACUCCGCCCCUUCCAGCAGCUUGCUUGGAGGGAAGAAACCGCACAAUUGGCCGACUCGGACGUCACCACGCUAGGCUUGUUCCAGGAAGCGCUCGCGCAAUGCGCCCCAGAUGUGCCUUCGAGCCUGCGAGCAGAAGAUGGUGCCGAAGACUGGCUUCCUGCGGUUCCAAGCCGGCUGACCUAUGCCAAACCGGCUGUCAAGAUCCGGACCAUAGAGCCUGCGCCCCGUUUCCAACCGCCAAAGCAUGGCCACGAGUCGAGUCCCGUCGACGAUGACACCGAAGACGAGUUCGAAGUCCACCGAAACUUCAAGACUCGCAGCAUACCCCAGAAGGUAGCCAAAGCACCCGAGCCACCACUGCCAUCCGCUCACCUGAGCAUGGGCGCCGAGGAUGAGGAAUCAACCGAAGACGACGACGAUCUGGAUGUCCCAGGAAGGUCCCAGAGCCAAGGUCACGGCAGCAGGCAGACACGGCCGCCAUCGCCACCAAUACCCUCAGAGCCGGCGACAUCUCCACCCCCAGCAAGUAAGCCCAAGGGGAAAGGCUUUCGCAUUGGAGGGAAAGCAAAGAAGGAGACUCCUGAGACAUCGCAGUCCGAGGAGAAAGAAACCGUGACUAACCAUGAUUCGAAGGAGGCCUCGAUGCCGCCGCCCUCACAGGUGGACUUACAAGUCGAAGAGUCCCCCAAGAAGCCGAGAAAGCAAUUCAGGAUUGGAGGCAAGAGCAAACCUAUUCGAGAAGCGUCCUCUUCGCAGUGUGAACCAGCGGAGCCGCCCAUCUCAAAUCGCCACAGGGAUACUUAUUCACCGACUCCAAAGUCGUCGCCGCCGCCACUGCCGCAAGAACUUCGUGAAGAAACCGCGCCAGCAGAAGAAGCACAUGAAGAGACGCCAGAGGAAAAGGCGGAGCGCAAACGAGCUGAGCUCAAACGCAGGAACGAGGAAAUUGCUAAGAAGCAGGCGCAGCACAAGAAAAAGAAGCGCUUCUAGCAUAUUUGCCAGACUAUAUACACCAAGUACGCUAGUUUUUUGGCUAAGAAAUGACGUUGGGGGUCUUUAUGAUUUGUGCUAGGUCACUUGCUUCGUUUGCUCAAGUUCACCUUUCACCUCACCUUCCGGCUAUCGUAUACACGUGCGACGCGCCUGCUUUCCAUCCACUGCACUGCACUUGCAGAACCGCGCCUGCUUAUUGAAUCAACCCGGUAGCUGUUAUUCUGUAGCGCGUUGCGGGCGACAGUCGCUCCCCAGCAUCAUGUGUUUAUAUCACUACCU